UGUUGUCUUUUAUUAGAAAAUAACCCUCACACACCCUGCAAUGAUUGUAAAUGCAACAUCUCUGACAGCUGCACCUGCUGCCACACAACUGAUUUAAAUGUCGGUAACCCUCCUGCACUCACCUUAGUUUUCUUAUUAGUUUACACUUAAUAGUUCAUUUUCUCCUUAUUUAGUUUGCUGACCUUUUGACCUUAUGCAGAUUACAUUCACAUUGCACAAACAUCAGCAAACACAUAAAUGAUGACACAGCUUUUGUUUCAUACGUCAUUCUCAUAGUUUACUUAGUAUUUUAGUUUUUUGUAGCACACACAUUUAGUUAACUACUAUCUUAAGGUGUUCUAAUUUCUUUUGAGUUACCAGUGCCGAGGGUGCUGCUGUUGCUACUGCUACUGCUGCUGCUGGAGGGACAUCUUGUCUGAGCAAAAUAUGCACCCCCUAAAGCAGAAAUGCAUGCCAAUCAGACUGUACCAAGUGCCGUCACAUCAUGGGGGAUUGGGAUUUUUAGUUUAGAGAUUGUGUUUGUUUCUUCUGAAUAUUUAUUUAAACUGUUUUAAUUACUAAUUGUCCUUUGCAGUUUAGUUGGUAGUGUUUGUCUUUGUGUUACCCGUUUUGUUUCUAAAAUGGUCUGUUCGGCCAUUAUAUAUGUCCCCCUUUGCGUUCAGUUUGUUAGGUCAAUUUUGUCUUUGUCAAAUCAGUUUGGUCUGUUCAGUUCUAUUUAGUUUAUGUUAAGUUAGGUCCAUUUAGUUGACCUAUUUUAUGGGCCCAGAGCUUUGUUGCAUAUUUUGUUUCUUUCAUUUGUGGGUGAAUCAAACCCUCUUUUUGAAAAUCCACCUGUGACUCCUCAUGCCUGCCAGCUUGGUCCUUCACAAUCUUUGUCAGAUAGGCAUUAACUACUUUUCUUCUCCUCUCUCCUCUCCUCUCUGCUUUGGCAGCAGAAACAGUCUGACAGUCAGACUUUUUAAUGUGCAUAUUCAUAAUAGUUUGUUCAUCAUCAGACAAAAAAGCAAGUACACUUGUACAACUCUGCAAGUAACCAUGGGGGAUCAGGGUAUAUUGCGGUUAAAGUAGGUGGGUUGGACUCCCUCCUGUUAGUCGACAGUGGGGCAACAUUGUCUGUGAAUCCAAAACAUUUUUGGAUAGCUAUCACUAAAGGGGGGGUUGGAGUUGGAUGGGCACCAGGGGGACGUUUCUGCAGCAAAUGGCGGGAGGAUGGGAAACCUGGGCAGUGGCACGCUGUGUGUCAGUUACAAGUUCCUUCUAUGUUGUCUUCAUGUUUAAAUUUAACAAGAUAUGAGGCUUACUAUACAUAACCGACUACCCAUGCAUAGACCUGUAUUGAGCAAUGAAGACAGAAACUGAAAUGAUAACUCACAACCAACUUAAUGUUUGAAUAAACACAUCAUGGCACUGUAAUAAUAUGGCAAGUGAGGUGGAGAUUAAUGCUGUACUACAAGUACAAAAGAAAACAAUGAGGCAAAAGGUGAUUAUUCCUCAAUUGAGUGUAGGGUUUAAUUUAAACAUCAAGACCUCAAAUUGACCACAUAUAGACCCCUUUUCAUACAACUUUUCAUGGUCCUAGGAAUGAGUCCACAUCACCAUUUUGGCAUCUCAAAAAGGCAACAAAUUGCAACCUUGGCUUCUCAUACUUGCCACAUAUCAGAUUCUGUUUAUGUUAGAGCCCCUGCAUUUGGUAUAACAUCAAUCAAAUGCUGUAUUUCUAGCCGGAAGUAUGGAAACGUCCAUAUGUAUAUUUGGGGGACUGCCUGGGGCCCCAAAACCACCCAUUUUACACAUUUUCCAUUUUCAAAGGACAGUAAUGAAAAAUAUGACAUCUGCAUGUGCCUGAUCAUGGUCUAAACCUAAUCAACAAUGAUUGUAUUACCCACAUAAUCAAAUAAUCCAGACUCAAUGUUUUGCUCAAGGUAACUUCAGCAAGGUAAGUAAGGUAAGGUAAUACGUAUACUUUCUACAUCUAAACACUGGUAACCUGUGUGAAAAACAGCUGCAUCUUGAUUAAUUCCUGUGUGUUUGUCAGCUGAACGUUGAGUAUAAAGUUCAGCAGCUGCUUCUGUUUGUCUCAGUAGGGAGGGGAGGAGUAUAUGAGGAGUAUAUCCAAAUCUUAGUAUAACUAAUUUACAACUAACUAAUUUAUGGCAUAAUUUGCUGGAACCCGCUCUCAAACACAUUUAUCGUAGCUUUUCAAGAUUUUAUACUGUUCAUGAUUCUAAAUACAGGCUCUCAUAAACAACCUCAACAAAAAAUAUGAUGUUUAUUAGUAAAAGAAAGUGUGCUAUAACUGCUUUUUUUCAGUAAUUUUCUCCUUUAAUCUUUUGAAACACAUGGAUUGAAACAUUUUGUUCAAAAUUUGCAGUCACAUAUACUACAUAUAGAUAAGCAUUAAAUAUAUUUUUUGUCUGGGAUCAUGGGAAACUCAACACAGAUUGUGUCAUUUGUGUUUUCUAUGUAUGGUAACAUGGGACACUUAAAGUACCUUUAUUUCAUCCUGGCAAUGCUAUUUUACAUAUCAGUUAUUUUUGCCAACACUGUUCUUAUUGUCAUUAUUUAUGUGGACAGAAAUCUGCAUGAGCCCAUGUAUCUAUUCCUGUGUAGUUUGUUUGUUAAUGAAAUAUAUGGCAGCACGUCUUUGUUGCCCUGCUUGAUGGCACAAAUCUUGUCAGAGACUCAUGAAAUUUCUGCCUUUUACUGCUUCCUUCAAAUAUUUAACAUUCAUACAUAUGUAGGUAUUGAAUUUGGAACUUUGACAAUAAUGGCAUAUGACAGAUAUGUAAGUAUUUGUAAGCCUUUACAUUACAAUGCCAUAAUAACCAAAAGAAAGGUACAAAUUGUCAUAGUUGUUAUUUGGACAGUUUAUUUUAUAGAGGUUGGAGUUUUGUUGUCUUUUACCAUUCGUUUAAAGCGUUGUGGGACUGUUAUCAACAAAGUUUGGUGUGAAAACUAUCUUGUAGUUCAACUUUCUUGUUCACCGGACAGAACAAUGUCAUAUCUUCCUGAUCUUGUUUUUGGCCUAAUUUGCUCUGUUGCUGCUCCUCUCAGUUUCAUUUCAUUCACAUAUGUUAAGAUUUUUGCUGUGUGUUUAAAAGCUUCCAAAGAGACCAAAAAGAGGGCUUUGGAAACUUGCACUCCACAUUUUGUUUCACUCAUUAGCUUAGUCUUUUCCUGUUUUUAUAACCUUGUCAGUCAAAGAUUUGACAUGACGCUUGUUCCACUUGAGCUGCAUGUUAUUUUGUCAAUGUAUGCAGCGAUCAUUCAACCUCUUCUAAAUCCAGUGACAUAUGGUCUUAAGUUAUCAAAAAUUAGACAUGCUUUUAUUAAAUUUGUGACAUUAAAAACAUUGCAACUUUAUCAGGAAGGUAUUUGAUUUUCUAUAGUGUGUUACUAAUGGCAAUAUAUAAUUAUAUAUAUAUAUAUAUAUAUAUAUAUAUAUUAUAUUAUAUACAUUUUGUUUAUUCAACAUACUGUAUUUAGAUGUCCUAGUUAUUUUUCAUAUGCAAUUUGUACUUAAUAUUCAGAUUUAUUUGUGCUAUCUUGGUGUAUUUUCUUAAGGUUUGGAGUUUUAUUUGUACCUUUUAAUUUUUAGAGAAUGACUAAUAUUUAAUUUAUCCUUUACACUAGCCAGCUGUAUGUUGCUUGAAGGCUUUGUAGUUCAGUGGCAUACAUAAGUUUUGUGGACGCAAAAAGACGUGGGGCUAAUAUAGCUGUGAGUGCACUAUACUAAUGGCUUACAGUUUUUCAGUCUUUGCUCAUUAUAUUGUCCUUGAGAAAUCAUUAAUGGCUCUCUAAAUAAAUGUGACAACUGGUGACAACCAAAACAAAAUCAACAUGGACAGGAAAACAGACGGCAGGGACACGCACAGACCUUUUGAGGAGCUGUUGCUCUAACCUGAAAAAAGGACAACCCCCUUUUUUCAAGCUCGUUUUAAGCUUCACACUGCCAUCUAUUUUGAUAGAUUUGAUUGUAAAAUACGUGUACCUGUAUGGUGAUCAUGUUACAACAUGGCACAAUCCUUCAUUUAAUUACUUGUUAUAGACAGCAGAAGCUAUGUAAACCAUUCAAACUUUGAGGAAACAAAUAUUCAAACUUCAAACGUAAACUCUUUGAACUCAGAUGAUUAUGAAUUGAUAUUGUAUAAAUCAUGUAAAGUAAAAAUUUAAAAGUAGAUUGCAAAUUCGAGUCAAUGGAAAAUGUAUAUACUUCACUGUAUCAUCCAAAACCAAGUUUUGAUUAUACUCAUAUCUCAUAUCUAUAUGAAUGUAUACCACAGAAUGCCUGGAUUUACAUAAUAAAUAUUUCUGUCUUUGAAGAAACGGA